CCCUUCUCUGCCACUGACAAGUUAUCAGGCAACAGCAGGAUCGGUCUGUCCCAUUCCCAGACUUUUGACUGAGACUCCAGAGCCUUGAGAAGACCAAGACAUUUUGCCUGAUGAAGUCGCCAGACCCCGUACUCACGUGAACUCUGAUGGUCUCUGAUUGCCAAGCCGGGAAACGCCAGCUGGAAAAAGAAUAAUGGAAAAUUGUACAGACACAAAUAAUCACCCCACUUGCACAGAAAUUCCCUACAGCGAGAGCAAGACACUUCUGGUUGCUGUUUACAGCAUCGUUUUUGCCAUAGGCCUUCCAGCAAAUUGCAUAACUUCCGUGCUUACACUUGUACAAAUCCAAAGGAAUAAAAUAAUUGCCAUCUACAUUUUCAGCUUAUCACUGAGCGAGCUGAUGUAUUUAAGUACUUUGCCCCUCUGGAUUAUCUAUGUGCAAAAUGAGCAUGAGUGGAAUAUGGGUGUAAAUGCUUGCAGAAUAACAGGGUUCAUCUUCUUCUGCAACAUAUAUAUCAGCAUUCUGCUUCUGUGCUGCAUUUCUGUGGAUCGUUAUAUGGCACUGGUGUAUGCUCUGGAAUCUAGGGGGAGAAGAGAACAGAAAAAGGCAAUCAUCAUAGUGUGUUUUCUCUUUGUUGUCGUUGCAAUAACCCACACUCCGAUAUUUAACAUGGAAGAUAAAUGCAUGAAUAAAACCUGCUUUGAGACUUUUCCUCUUGACAUAAAGUUGGCUUCUUUUGGAUUUGCCAGAUUCCUAAUUGGAUUUGCCAUACCUUUCAUAAUUCUCAUUUUCACAAACUACAAAAUUAUCCAAAGUAUAAAAGCAAGCAGCAGCUUGACUUGUCACCAAAAAGCCAAAGUGAAAUAUUUGGCUAUCACUAUUAUUGUAAUUUUCCUGAUCUGCUUUGCUCCCUACCAUGUGGUACUUGUAAUAAGAUCCAUAUACUUUAUGUUUCAUCAAAAUUCCUCAUGUCCUUUUGAAAAAGCUAUUUAUUCAAUAUUUACAGUGUUUCUGUGUUUAGCCACUGCAAACAGCGUUGCUGACCCAAUCAUCUACGUUCUGGUUUGUGAAAACGUCAGAAAAGAUUUUUAUAGGAGUCUGAGAAGAUGGAGAUUGAACUCAUCCAAGCUGAAUUCAUCCAUUAACCACAGGACUGACACCCUAAAAGUGAAAACGUCAAAAGAAUCAGAAGAGGGAGGGAUAAGAGAAGGAAACAAAGAAAUACCAGAUUUAUCUGACAUUCAAAAGAGCAGCAAGAGUGGCAAACACCACAAAGGUGGCAGCUAG